AUGAUCGAGUCACUUAUCAGCAUAGUAUUCUGCUUGUCCAGCGCGCUCACUGUGUUGAUCUUAUUGCUUCCGUCGCAAUAUGAACCAGAGCAAGCAAAGUCCUCAAGAUCAAACGACUUAAAAGAGAAGCUGAAGACAAGUGUACAAAUUCUUGUCCUUGGUGACAUUGGCCGAAGCCCUCGUAUGCAGUAUCAUGCAUUGAGCAUUGCGAAGCAGGGUGGGGAGGUGGUCAUUAUCGGGUAUAAAGAAUCUGAUCCCCACCCCGAUAUCACAUCUCAUCCCAAUAUCUCCAUUGUCCUUCUUCGCCCACACCCCGCCCUCCUUCAGACUAGCAACAAGUUGCUCUUUACAAUUUACGGACCAUUGAAAGUAUUAUUCCAGGUUAUUUGUCUUUGGAAAUGUCUUGCAUACAGCACAAAGCCAUCAAAGUGGCUUUUGGUCCAGAACCCACCCUCUAUUCCGGUACUAGCUAUCGCCUCUCUCACCUGUUUCCUACGGCAUACAAAACUAGUCAUCGACUGGCAUAACUUUGGAUAUUCCAUACUGGCUUUGAAACUUGGACAAAAUCAUCCAUUGGUGAAGCUAUCGACAUGGUAUGAAAAGAUGUUCUGCAAAUCUGCCUCGGCGCAUUUUUGCGUUACAGAUGCAAUGCAAUCUGUUCUUAAACAGGACUUUGAUCUCCAAGCCCCAGUUCUACCUCUGCAUGACCGCCCUGCCAGUCACUUCAGCCCUAUUCUCGAUUCCAGUACUCGUACAGAAUUUCUUGAAACUCUUGAUGAAACCCAAGAUGUUCGCUCCUCUUUAAAAAAAGGUACACUUCGAGUUCUGGUCAGUUCGACAUCAUGGACCGCAGACGAAGACUUCUCGGUCCUCAUUGAUGCCCUCGUACAAUACUCUGAGCUGGCCACAACAACACACAACCAUCUCCCUGAAGUGUUGGCGAUAAUAACAGGAAAAGGUCCGCAAAAAGAAAUGUAUUUAGAACAGAUUGUUGCCCUUGAGAAAUCAGGCAAGCUUCAGAAGGUCAUUAUUCGGACCGCGUGGAUGACUGUGCAGAAUUAUGCUCGGCUUUUGGCAUCUUCCUCUCUGGGUGUCAGUCUGCAUACUAGCAGCAGCGGGGUAGACCUCCCCAUGAAAGUUGUAGAUAUGUUUGGUGCCGGCCUUCCAGUUGUGGGAUGGGAUCGAUUCAAAGCAUGGCCCGAGCUGGUAACCGAGGGUGUCAAUGGGUUGGGUUUCGGAAGCUCGGAAGAGUUGGCAGAACAUUUGUUGGAAUUGUUUGGGGAUAAUGGCAGGCUGGAAACUCUUCGCCUAGGCGCUCAGAAAGAGAGCUCUCGACGAUGGGAUGAUGAAUGGAAUCCUAUUGCGGGCUCUCUUUUUGGGUUGACAUGA